AUGGCAUCAAGUAAGGGCGGAGGGUAUGAGAACAAGCAAGUUGGUGAGCAGGACAAGAACGAAGAUGUUGUCGCCACUUCUUCCGAUGACCCAUCGGUUGCCCCACCGCAUCAGGACUUGAAGUUUUUGAGCGAGAAGUGUAAGAUUGAGACUUGCUAUGCCCUCUUGAAGACCAGCAAGACAAAGGAACUUGACAAUAUCCCCUUGGAGAAGACACCCGAGAAAGUCGCAGAACUUAAGAACCAAGCCUACGAACUCUUCGCGCAGAUUAACUACUUGGAGCAUCGUCAGGGAAAGACAACCAAGAUGAAGCCCGACGACAAAUUGACCUUCUAUGUGGAGUUCAAGGGAGUGCUUAACACGGCAACCAUUAACGCUACAGGUGGCGACUCACUUGCCACUAUCCGCAUCAAGGCGUGUCGUCUUUACGAUGAAGACGCCAUCCCAAUGAAGAUUUAUGACAAAGUCAAGAUGUUCAAGAAGCCAGUGAAUGGUGAGCCAGACCCAGCGAACAACUUGACGGACAUCUACCACGGCAAGAAGUCGGUAAUGAAUAUGGACGGUGAAAUCACCUUGAAGAACAACGAU